CAGUUUUUCUUACUCAGUUUAUAUCCAUUAGUUUAUCAGCAUUUUCCCUGGUAUUAAAUACACUGAGCAUGACGAUUUAAGGACAUGAUAUUGCUGAAACUAGUGCAUGAGCGUGUACUGGAUGAAGAUGAAGAUGAUGAUAGUGAUAGUGGCUGAAUAACAAGGAAAAAAACUCCAAAUGAAUUGGUUUCCAUAGUGGUUGGUCUCAUUUUCUUCUGCCUGUGUACACACAUGACUAUUAUUGUUGUAACAAUAUAAUGAUGAAAAAAUCAACAACAUGAUCACAAUCAGAGGAGCAACAGCAACUCGAAAUCAACUAGACAAUCAAGUGAAGUAUUAACGUGAAAAUAUAAUUAGUUCUGGAACCCGAUGAAAUAAAGACAAAUUAAUCUACCAUUUCAGUGAUUAUUGUUGUGAUGAUUGUGAUCAAAUCAACGGUAUUGUUGGUUAAUUAAUCUUAUAAUCUGAUUACAUCAUAAUUAACCCAAUAACUUAUUUACAUCCAUUGUGCCGUAUGGAUGUUAUCAAUUUUCAAUGAGUGAUUUAGAUUUGAUCAGCAUCAUUUUUAAUUAAUUUACAUGAUAAUCAGUGAUUAUAUUAUUUGAAUAACAUUUCAUGAAUUGUGAUUAUUCAGUGAGAAUCAACAAAUUAAUAGGAUACUAGUGAUCUAGUGAUGAGGUAAAAAAAUCAACGAAGUCCGAUAUUACAUCUCAAUUAAAAGCUCGAAUAUUUUUGUCCUAAUCAUGGACGCAAGUGGAUUAACUGGAAUCACGAUGAGCUCUAAAAUUUGGUUUAAAGAAACUUGGUCCAAACUUCGUCGAACCAAACAAGUCAGUGGGUCAUCAGAUAUGCUGGAGACUCAAUUGAAUCGAUGUCUAUCUACUUUUGAUAUAACCCUUCUGGGCAUCGGUCAUAUGGUUGGUUCUGGUGUCUAUGUACUAACUGCUCCAAUAGCUAAAAAGGUCGUUGGACCAGCUAUUGUUGUCGCUUAUAUUAUCUCUGGAUUUGCCUCUCUUCUUGCGGCUUUAUGUUAUGCUGAAUUCAGUGUUCGUUUCCCAAGGGCCGGUUCAGCUUAUUCUUACACUUAUCUAGUCCUUGGUGAGUUCUGGGCAUUUACAGUGGGCUGGAAUAUGGUCAUGGAAAAUUUGAUCGGUGUUGCAGUUGUGAGUCGAGCUUGUUCUGCAUAUAUUGAUUCCCUCCUCGGUGGAGUGAUUCGUGAAUAUACACUAUCCUUUAUCUCUGGUACCAUUGGUUUGAAUUUGAUCUCCCAACAUAUUGAUCUGUUUGCGAGCGCAAUCGUCACUGUGUUUGUUGUUUUUCUUACUUGCGGUGUGAGAGCCACUUCUUAUAUCAACAACCUCUUCUCGUUGAUCAAUAUAAUAAUCAUUUUGAUCAUAAUCGUGGUUGGAAGUUAUUUCGCUGAUAGUACAAAUUGGUCGAUCCCUGAUGCGGGUUUUAUGCCUUUCGGAUGGAAAGGUGUUUUCGCCGCUUCAGCUUCGUGUUUUUAUGCUUUCAUCGGUUUCGAUUCGAUCGCCACUUCAGGUGAAGAAGCUAAAGAUCCCCAACGAUCAAUUCCAAUCGCAACCAUGAUCUCAAUGGCUUUUGCUACAAUAGCAUAUGUUGGAGUUUCAGCUGUUCUCACAUUAAUGGUUCCCUUUUCUGAGAUUAAUGAUGAAUCUGGUUUACCUGAUGCUCUUGGUAGAGUCGGUGCUGGUUGGGCCAAAACGCUGGUCAUUAUCGGUGCUUCUUGUGGUAUGGUCACCGUUCUCAUGGGGACCAUGUAUGCGCUCACACGAAUCGUUUACUCGAUGGCCGAUGAUGGACUAUUGUUUUCAUGGAUGUCAAAGGUCAAUGAAAAGACACAAAUACCUUUGUAUGCAAUGUAUUUCUUUGCAUCAAUCGGUGGACUUUUAGCUCUCUUUUUGGACAUAAACACAUUGGUCGAAAUGAUGUCCAUUGGCACUUUACUGGCUUAUCUUGUGGUCAGUGCAUCGGUGAUAAUUGUCAGAUAUCAGCCAAUGGAACCAAUUCAUCAACAAUUAACCUGUGAUCUCGACGAUCAACAAGAGCUCAAUGAAUUGUCCACUGAAUCUCCUCGUCGAUCAAUCAAUGAUGAUACCUUUUUGUCAUCAUCCAUCUUCUCGAAAAGAGGUGAUUCCAUUAGUAGUUCAACAAUCUCCUCUGGUUUACUUCAAAUUAUUCGAGGAUAUUUUUCACGACUUCGACUACUUCGAUAUGCUCCUCGAUCGAUGCCCACUAUUUGUGUAUUCAUAAUGGUCAAGGUUAUAUUUCUUCUUUGUGCUCUUGGUCCACUCCUGAUAAAGGCUUCCGAACACAAUAAAAUUUGGAUUGGAGUUAUCGCUUUAUUGGCCAUAAUUUUGGCUCUUUCAUUUGCUAUAAUCGCUCUCCAUGAGCAGAACACUUCAUCUCUUCGUUAUAAAGUGCCCUUCGUUCUCGUGCCAACCCUUUCAAUCGUCUUCAAUGCGACCCUAAUGACAAACCUUCAACCCUUAACUUGGCUUCGUUUAAUUGUUUGGAUGACCUUUGGUUUUAUUAUUUAUUUUCUCUAUGGGAUUAAACACAGUUCCUUGGACCCAGAGUCAAAUCGAGUUCAUUCAAAUGUAAGAAAUUGGGGAUCACUCGAUGAUCAGGACAAUCUGACAGAUAAUCGAGCUCGAGGAGCCGAUUCAAUGUCGAUUGGUUCAGCUUAUUAAUCUACUCAAAUAAUCAAAUCAUCAAUUAUGAUCAAUUAUCCUCGAAAUUUGGAUUAACUUAAAAAACAAGACAAAAACAAUUCAUCAAUCUAAUCCAUCCAAUGACAAAAAUGAUUAAUUUAAAUGGAGAAAUCAACACAAAUCAUAACAAAAAGAUGGAGUUGAAAUAUUGAAAUAAAUAAAAUCUUUGAAUUUAAAAACAUAAACCAAUUUAAUUCAUGUGAUUCGAUCAGGAUCAAAAUCAUGGCUCGACAGUUCCAAUGAUUUCUGAUUCAGUUUGAUUGAUAUAACACUGACAUUUGGAAACUUUUACAAUUAAAUUAAAAUUGUCAAAUGAA